GUUCCUCCCUUAGGGGCCCACGUGAGUGGUGGGGAAACGCAGGGGCGGCUUCUAGGUGUUGCUGCAACCGCCAGCACCGCCACUGCCACCGCCACCAGCACCGCCACCGCCGCCACCGCCUCAGAACCCGGGCCUGGGGGGCGGUGGGGCCUCGUAUGGAGCCCCCGCCCCCCGGAGCUGCCAAAGCUGCCACCGCACCACUCACAGGUACCCCUGGGAUGGCGUGAGCACUCCCCCGCGAUGGACCCAUCUGUGACACUGUGGCAGUUUCUGCUGCAGCUGUUGAGAGAGCAAGGCAAUGGGCACAUCAUCUCAUGGACCUCGCGGGAUGGUGGUGAGUUCAAACUGGUAGAUGCAGAGGAGGUGGCCCGGCUGUGGGGACUGCGCAAGAACAAGACCAACAUGAAUUAUGACAAGCUCAGCCGAGCUUUGCGGUACUACUAUGACAAGAAUAUCAUCCGCAAGGUGAGUGGCCAGAAGUUCGUCUACAAGUUUGUGUCCUACCCUGAGGUUGCACGGUGCUCCACAGAGGACUGCCCACCGCAGCCUGAGGUGUCUGUAACCUCUAGUGUGGCAAAUGUGGCCCCUGCUGCUGUACACACAGCCCCUGGGGACAGUGCCUCCGGAAAGCCAGGCACACCCAAGGGUACAGGAAUGGCAGGCCCAGGCGGUUUGGCACGCAGCAGCCGAAAUGAAUAUAUGCGCUCGGGCCUCUAUUCCACCUUCACCAUCCAGUCCCUACAGCCACAGCCACCCCCUCAUCCUCGGCCUGCCUCGGUGCUCCCCAGCACCACCCCUGCAGGAACAGCAGUGCCCCCCUCAGGGAGCAGGAGCACCAGUCCAAACCCCUUGGAGGCCUGCCUGGAGGCAGAAGAGGCCAGCCUGCCUCUGCAGGUCAUCCUGACUCCACCUGAGGUUCCAAACCUGAAAUCAGAAGAGCUGAAUGUGGAGCCAGGUUUGGGCCAGUCACUUCCCCCAGAAGUGAAGGUGGAAGGGCCCAAGGAAGAGUUAGAAGCUGCUAGGGAAGCGGGAUUUGUGCCAGAAUCUGCCAAGGCUGAGCCAGAAGUCCCUCCUGAGGAGGGUGUGCCGGCCCAGCUGUCCUCUGUUAUGGAGACUACAGCACAAGUGGGUGGCCAUGCGGCCUCCACCCCUGAGAUCCCUCAGCCACAGAAGGGUCGGAAGCCCCGGGACCUGGAGCUUCCACUCAGCCCGAGCCUGCUAGGUGGACCAGGACCCGAACGGACUCCAGGAUCAGGAACUGGCUCUGGUCUGCAGGCACCAGGGCCAGCACUGACGCCAUCCCUGCUACCUACACAUACAUUGACCCCGGUGCUGCUGACGCCCAGCUCGCUGCCCCCCAGCAUUCACUUCUGGAGCACCCUGAGUCCCAUCGCACCCCGUAGCCCAGCCAAACUCUCCUUCCAGUUUCCGUCCAGUGGCAGCGCCCAUGUGCACAUCCCUUCCAUCAGCAUGGAUGGCCUCUCGACCCCCGUGGUGCUCUCCCCAGGGCCCCAGAAGCCAUGACUACCACCACCACUGCCCCUUCUGGGGUCACUCCAUCCAUGCCCCUGGACUUCUCUCCAGCCAGCCAUCUCAAGGAGAACCAUAGUUCAUCUGACAGACUUGUGCUCUGGUUUUGGUGGGGUGGGAUUCCUGGGAAGAAUGGUCUCUUUUACUAACUCGUCCAUGGAAAACACACUAUUUCUCUCUUCUUCGUCAGUCCCCCAGUGGUCGCCCUUACACAUCUCCUACUUCAGUAGUAGGGAUGGUUUAUUUAUUUAUUUUUUGAAGGCCACUGGGAGGAGCCUGGCCCAACCCUUUUAGGGGGGUAGUUAAGACAUCUCCCCCAUCUCCCCACUUUUUUCCCCAAGGCAAGACAAUCAGGGUCUGGCUUGAGAAA